UUGCCCGGCCACGUCUCGGUGGUGUCAGCGCACCUCCCACGAGGAUCCCUCCGCCCUUCUCCGGGAGGCGGGCUACGCCCCUCCCUCUGCUGCCCUAGCAACCACAUCCGGGACUCCGGCGGUGUCGUUGCCCGGGUAAUUUUCUGGCAGCGACCUAAUGCGCGCGGGGCCAGAGGCACCGGCUAGAGCUGGGAGCUUACGGAAGGGCGCCCCUGCCUGGUCUUGAGAGGUCGAAGGUCUCCAGGAGGCCUCCGCCUCCUUCUUUUUCAUUCACACACCCUAGCCUCACACGUUAGGAGGACCCCCCAACAGACCGUGAGCUGGUGCCGGGAGGGUGGAGGUGGAUGUACCUCACCUCCACGCUACCACAGAAGAGCGAAAGCUGCUUUCUCAGCCACCGGAGAGCACGAAGAAGGUUAUUCCAGUCCCGCGGGGAAGGUGGGGAUGGUAGGGAGAAUGCGAAGAAGAAGAUAUACUGGCAAGUUCUAGAAGGAUUCUACCAUUUUCUUCUUUACCAUGAACAAACUUGAAAAUUAAUGGGUAAUAGUUGCAUGAAAACUUUUGAACGUUUUUUCUUAUCUCUGAGGCCUUCUAUGGAGAAUUAGUAGGAGGUUGAAUGUGUGCAUGGAUAAAAUGGAUCAUCUUAAAGGAUUGAAGUUCCAAAAAUACAUCAGCAGGACUGGACAGGUUUUAUAUAAUGAGAUUUCUAUUUUAGCUUGAUUUCUACAACUCUGAAUAAGCUAUAAACUGAGCUAUACAAGGUACUAGGAAGGAAGUUUCUCUUCUAAAAUAUUCUAGUUGCAUAUAAUAUUUUUCUUCAGAUCUUUGAAAAAGCAUAUUUUGUCAUCAAGUUCCUACAAAAUAAGACUAUUAGACACUUACCAGCUUUUAGUAUAUAAAGUAGGAUAGAAAGCAGCAAUCUAUAUUAUACUGGAAAACAAAUUUAAUUAAAGAAACAGUCACCAGGAAGUUAAGAAGAGUAAUCUCUACAUAAGCACUGGCUGAGAUGGCAGAAGCUUCUGUGGAUGCCUCAACUCUGCCUGUAACAGUGAAGAAAAAGAAAAGCCUAUCCAUUGAGGAAAAGAUCGACAUCAUAAAUGCAGUGGAAAGUGGCAAGAAAAAAGCAGAGAUUGCUGCUGAAUAUGGAAUAAAGAAAAAUUCAUUGUCUUCUAUUAUGAAAAAUAAAGACAAAGUUCUAGAAGCCUUUGAAUCUCUAAGAUUUGAUCCAAAGAGAAAAAGACUGAGAACUGCUUUUUACACAGAUCUGGAAGAGGCAUUAAUGAGGUGGUAUCGAAUUGCUCAGUGUCUAAAUGUACCAGUUAAUGGUCCGAUGUUACGUCUGAAAGCUAAUGAUUUUGCCCAGAAACUGGGCCAUAAUGAUUUUAAGUGCAGUAAUGGUUGGCUGGAUCGUUUUAAAUCCAGGUAUGGUUUAGUAUUCAGAGCUCAACCUGUAGAAGCUACAGGUGUACCAGUAGACCCUUCGACUGUCUGGUACCAAAAUGUACUUCCUUAUUAUUUAAAUGAUUAUCAUCCUAAAAAUGUUUUUAAUAUAAAAGAGACUGGGCUGCUUUAUCGAAUGUUACCUACCAAUACAUUUGCAUUUAAAGGCGAAACAUGUUCAGUUGGAAAGUUAUGCAAAGACAGAAUAACUCUGGUGGUUGGCACAAACAUGGAUGGCUCAGAGAAACUUCCUUUGCUUGUCAUUGGAAAAAAGAGAAAUCCACAUUGUUUCAAAGGUUUAAAAUCAUUGCCUGUGUGUUAUGAAGCUAACAGAAUGGCAUGGAUGACCUCCGAUGUAUUUGAACAAUGGAUGCGAAAGCUUGAUGAGAAAUUUCAAGCCCAGCAACGAAGAGUGGUGAUUUUUGUUGAGUCUUUUCCAGCACAUCCAGAGGUAAAGAACCUAAAAUCCAUUGAGUUAGCAUUCUUUCCAUCAUGUUUAUCUUCCAAAUGUAUAGCUAUGAAACAAGGCAUUAUUAAAAGCCUUAAAAUCAAAUAUCGACACUGUCUUAUCAAGAAAUUUUUAAGCUCUGUUGAAGGUAGCAAAGAAUUUACAUUUUCACUACUAGAUGCAGUUGAUACAUUGCAUCUUUGCUGGAGGGCUGUAACCCCAGAGACUAUUGUUAAAAGCUAUGAAGAGGCAGGAUUCAAAUCUCAAAAGGGAGAAAGUGACAUAACAAAUGCAGAGAAGGAUACUGGUCUGGAUUUGGUUGCUGAUGCUCUGGGGGCAGGAGUAGAAUUUCCUGAAGGUUUAUCUAUAGAAGAAUAUGCUGCCCUGGAUGAUGAUUUGGAGACAUGCGAAGCAGCACCAAAUGGUGAUUCCGUAUGCACCAAAGAAAGUAAAUCGGAUGAAACUGGAUUUUACACUUCUGAUGAAGAGGAUGAUGAUGGAUCUCCAGGAACUGAACUCCCUUUACCAUCAAAAUCUGAGGCAAUAACUGCUUUAGAUACUCUGAAAAAAUUUCUCAGAAGUCAAGAUAUGAAUGACGGACUUCAAAAUUCUUUAGCAGACCUUGAAAAUUUUAUUAACUCUUUAUCACCUAAGUAACUAUGUAUUGUACAUCUAAAGAGUAAUAGCUUUUCCUGAUACAUUUUAUUAUAUAAGGUAUGUAAAGGAGUUGUACCACACCACUUAAACAUAAAAAAUGGAAAACUGCUAAUCCUUGGUUUAAUUGCAAAAACCUUUGGUUUGAAUAGCAAAACUCUCUAGUAAAUAAUGAUUGAAUAAAAAAGUACAAAUUUCUAUUUAACAAGGUUUUAGGGAGUAAAAGUAUUUCAAAGGGCUAUACUAGACACAUACGGUCAAUAUGUCAAACAUAAAAGGAGCUCUUCUGCUAUAUUUACACAUUGAAUUGGUGAUUUCUAUUUUGUUUUUUUAAGUUCAGAUUAUGUUCUAGAAUAUUUUAAUUUAUCUACCUAAUCUCAGAAAAAAAUCUAGCAAUAGUUUAUUUUUAUAAAGAUAUAUAUAUAUAUAUAUGCCGUAUGUAUUCUAACUAGACUUAAAUAUCAAAGAUAAAGUAAUUUUAAAUUAUUUUUCAAAUAACUAGCUGACCUUUCUAAUAAGAAAUUACGGAAACCUGCUGAAAAUAAAAUCUGACUUAACUAUAUACCAAAAUGAUUAAAAUAUGAGUCUUACUACUUUCAAGUUAUUUGUAUAUCAGGUCAAAUGAAAAGCUGUGACCCUAUCAGGUUUGUCAUCUGUAACUAGAAGCUAUGGAUUCUUCCUAAAUAUUUAUAUGUAUAUUUGUGUUUAAUAGAAAAAUAUAUUAUCGAAACAUUUAUUAAAUUCUUGUGAUAUUUAUAGUGUAAUAAUUAUGCCUAGAUAUUUUUCUAAUUUUAACAGCUCAAGCUUUUAAUCUAUAAUAUUUAAUUAUUUUUUGGAUUUUGCUGAAUUUUGUUUUCAGGUAAAACUAAAUGUCCUUUUAGCAUAUUUUGAUGUCUGUAAUCCUUUUUUCCCCCAAAUUUGAUGGGUAACACUUUGGAUUAAAAUUCUGUUUGAGG